UGCACCUUCUCAGCAACUUUAUCGAAAUCAUCGAUUGGGGAUUUGGUGAGAGAAGCCAAUUUUAGGUGCUGUACUGGCUCUUUUCAUGGCACUGCUCACAACAGAUCCUGCCAGCUAGACUACCUUAUCGGUUUACAGAAAGGGGCAGGUAUAGAAGAUGGUGAGGGAAAUGAACACGUCUUUUCAGAGAGCAAUGCUCUUGCCCCUGUCAUUCGUCAUGCAUCUCCUUAUUACCACCACCUUCGAAUCCAUAUCCAUUUCUCCAAAUGGGACGAAACCAAAUAUGAAAAACUAGGCAAUUUCCUGUUAAGCAACUUCAAAUCUGCCAGCAGGAUCAUUAGUGAUAGUAAAAAAAACCCUCAAUGCCACUCAGCAGCUAUCCCCCAACUUUGA